AUGAAUGCGGUUCUGCUGGCUAUUUCUUGUCUUGUCAUAUCGGCAUCUGCCAAAUCCACAGUCGAUCGAAAGAUUGAGCAAGAGCCUGAUGAAUCUGUGACAACUGAUGCCUCUGACACGGAUAGCGUGAGCGACGUAACCACAGCACACGAGGAUAAUGAUUUGACAACUGAGGCUUCUUACGGGGAUAGCGUGAGCGAUGCAACUACGGAAAACUGGGAGGAAGUUGUGACAACUGCGGCCUCUGACAAGGGGGGUAUAAGCGACGCAAAUAUUCAGAAGGGCGAAAUGUUUCAAGAAAUUGGCCGCCAAGUGAAAGCCAUUGCAAAUCAUACCGAGACAUCCCCAAAAAAGGUUUCAAAAAUAAAGCGUUUCUUUCGGGCCGUCAAGAAAGCCUUCAAGGAAGCCUGCAAAGCGUUCGUCAAGACAGGAAAGGAAGCUUUUAUUAGAGAAGUCAAUGCUGAAUUUGAAGAAGAAAUUGGGAAGGUAAAAAAGACCUUCGGAAUGUAUUCUCUUGACGAGGAAACAACAUACCAGCACAUGUUGCUGAGCUUUGCCAAAGAUAUGGACUUGAUCGGAUCAAUUUACAUUGCCAAGGGAAGAAAACAGAAUACUGCAAAUGAAGCCACACGACUUCAGUAAUAUUUUGAUGCCCAAUUACUGUUAUCUAAUAAAUGAAGCGGAGAUCAUUACAUG